CAAAAAAUGGAGUCAAGCGGCAUCACUGAGAAGAAGUUGAACAAACUCUCUUGAACAGUUCAAUCCGCAAAACCAAAGAGAAGGACGCAAUCUAAAACAAGAAAGGAAAACGGAGUAAAAGGUGAAAAAGCUGAGGACAUUAGAGACUGGUUGGAGUGGGUUUUGUGUGAACCAUGGGGUCGAAGAAGCUGAUCGUGGCCGUUGAAGGCACGGCCGCCGUCGGUGUCUUCUGGCAGACCAUCGUUUCCGAUUACCUCGACAAGAUCAUCCGAUAUUUCUGCAGAAACGAGCGGUCUGAUCAGAAACCAUCUACUGAUAUUGUCGAGCUCUCAUUAGUCAUGUUCAAUACUCAUGGCCCUUACAGUGCUUGUCUCGUACAGAAAAGUGGUUGGACUAGGGACAUGGAUCUGUUCUUUCAUUGGCUUUCAGCUUUACCCUUUUCCGGUGGUGGCUUUGAUGAUGCCGCAAUCGCUGAAGGGCUGGCAGAAGCUUUGAUGAUGUUCUCUUUUCCCAAGGGAAAACAAACCCAAAAUAUGGAAGGAGAAAGACACUGUGUUCUUAUUGCCGCAAGCAACCCUUACCCUUUACGCACUUCUGUAUAUCGACGACCAUUCCAAGAUCCCAAAAGGACUGAUGUUAUUGAAACACGGAUCAGUAAUUGUCUUUCCGAUGAAGAGGCAUUGGCUAGAUCUUUCGCUCAGUAUGCUAUUUCUCUCUCCAUUAUCUGUCCGAAGCAGCUUCCAAAACUUAGAAGAAUCUAUAAUGCGGGAAAGUGUGACCCACGAGCUGAAGACCUGCCAGUAGUCAGUGUCAAGAAUCCCCAUUUCCUUGUACUUAUUUCGGAGAAUUUUAUGGAGGCUCGUUCUUCUUUAGAGCUCGGAUUUACAAGUUUUCCGUCUAACCGGAACCCUGCCAUGAUGGAUGUGACUGCUGUUCCUCCUGUUUCUGGGACACCUCCAGCUUCUGCCCCAGCAGCAGCUAAUGAAUCUGUCAUGGUUCGGUCACCAAUAUCUGUAGGAAACAUGUGUCCUGCAACCGUAAAUCAGGAGCCGAUCACUUUCCCCACUGAGACAACUGUAGCAUCAGUAUUUGGACGGAAAACAUCGGGUACGACAGAGCCACCACAGUCUAAGUAUGUUAAAGUGUGGGAGGGAAACUUAAACGGACAGAAACAAGGCCAGCCUGUUUUCAUUGCCGGACUGGAGGGAUACAGGAAAGCUACAGCUUCUGAGAUGCUUGCUGCAAAUUGGCCUUCAGUAAUUCAGAUAGUUCGCCUCGUACCUCAAGAUUACGUUAUCAGGCAACUCACCAGAAAGUCUGAUUUAAUUGUUUUUCGGGCAUUGAAUCAGCAUGGCUUUCUUUCGCAGCUGCAUGAAAAAAAGCUCUGUGCAGUUAUACCGUUACCAUCCCAGACGACUCUGCUGCUCUCGGUUUCUGGCAAAGGGCAUCGUUUGAUUGGAAUGCUUUUACCUGAUGCGCUGGUACCAAACCAUCAACUACAGAUUCAACAACAGAAUGUACAGCAACAAACAGCUUAUAUUCAAGGUGCCGAACGUUCUCAGCCAGGACAUGUCUCGUCACAAGGGCCCACGAAAACCAUGUCCGGAGGAUCAUUCAUGAGUUGACAAUAAUUUUUCUAGCUCCAAAAUGAUUUUAUUUUUUAAAAAAAUUUUUGGUUUUAUAAAUAUUUGCUCAUCUACUCUCUUCCAUUGAGUGUAAAAAAGUUGUGCGGGUGCUAUGCUGUAUAGUUUAGGCACAUGAUUAGAGAAGUAUUAUUUGCUGGAAUAUUGAUGAGGUUUAAUUUGAUUCGGGCAAAUCUAAUUUCACUUCA